AUGGUCAAAACGACAAUGAUUGCUCGCGUCUCAGACGCACUACCCUUGGCUGCCUCUAUCGAUGAUGAGCAGGUGGAGAUGGAGCUCAAGGAGUACAAGUCGCAAGCAAAGCUCAUUUUUCGCAAACUGAACAUGAACUCUGAGAAGCGAUGCUCGAUCGAGUCAGGGAGCUAUGUGUUCCACUACAUCAUUGACCAUGGUGUGGUCUACUUGUGCAUAUGCGAAAAGAACUAUCCGCGCAAGCUGGCCUUUACAUAUCUGGAUGAUCUCUCCAAGGAAUUCUUUAUGAGCUAUGGCAACGAGAUCGACCGCCCCGGUCUUCGACCCUACGCAUUUGCUCGCUUUGACACAUUCAUGCAAAACACAAAGCGCUUGUACCAGGACACCAGAACGCAAUCAAACCUGACAAAGCUCCAUGAGGACCUUCAAGAUGUGACCAAGAUUAUGACUAAGAACAUGGAGGACCUGCUCUAUAGAGGAGAGACGCUGGAUAACUUGCAAGGAAAAUCAGAACUGUUGCUGAGGGACUCUGCUCGGUAUCGCAAGACGGCCAGAGAUGUGAACUUGCAAGCACUGUACCGCAAAUACGGACCGCCUGUCAUUGUGGGCUUUGUGUUUUUGCUGGUCAUCUACUGGAGGUUCUGGUGGUAUUAG